AUGCCUCGCACACGCGCUCAAGCGCAAGCCCAAGAGGUGGAAUCGCCUCUCGUUUCGCUUGAAAGCCCACGUCGUAGGAGAAGGAUUCCUACAACUACGCCUACGAAAGCAUCCGCUGAUACCAAGAAAGCAACCGACACGAAGACAAAGCGUGGUCGCAAGCCUACGAAGAAGGCAACGGCUGUAGCGACAGAGGAGAUAACCCAGGAAAAAAUUCAAAACAAAAGUGAGAUUGCUACCCAAGAAACUCAUAUCCAAACCCCUACCCAGGAAUCCCAUUGGACCCAGGAGACCCCUCAAAAUCAAGGUGAAGUGCCUAUUCUUCAGACACCACGAGGAAUCAAUGCAGCACAGGACAACGGCUCAACUACGUCGCCUGCUCCCGCCACUGCACGGUCCGCCAGCGAAUCUGACGCUUCCUCCAUCACCUCUCUGGGAAGUGUGUCAAGCCUCGGUUCGCCAGUCAAAAAGGCGUCCGUCAGAAACGCUCUCAAAUUUUUCAAGAAGAGUAUCAAGCAAUCAUCUUCAACCGUCAGACGUAGGUUUCAUGAAUUGAAAAGCCGACGCGAGCCACGGGAAAAUCUUUUCGAGACAGGUGUACCAGCGCUUCCCACAGAUGUUGAUUCUUACCCUACUUAUCAAACCAAUUAUUCUCUUGCCGAAGACGAGAUCCUCGAAGCCGCUUUGAAAAUCGUUCUUCAUCGCCAGACCACCGACGGUACCAAGCCAUUCGCCGAAUCAAUCCGUUGUCCUUGCUGCUACGAUGGUGUCGUGAAGAUGGAAUGCGUGCGAGGCCAUGAUCUACGCUCCUUGAUGUCUAAUGAAACGAUCCAUGCAUUGAACAUAGUGCUAACAAAUAUAUGUGCGGAAGGUAUACUUGCUACGGCGAAAGCGAAAGAGGACCGCCUUCGAGUCGAGAAAGAAGCUGAGGCCACGGCCAAGGACAAAGCCGCACAAGUAGCCGAACAGCAAAAAAAAGAACUCUCUGCAAAGCAGAAGGGCAAGAAGCGAGCUUUGGAAUCAAACAACGACGAAAAUAGUACUGAUGGACCACCCAUGGCGCAACGUCGUCGCACCAGACCCCCACCGGGCCAAACCCCUCGCAACAAGCGUCGUCCCAUUCCUACUACUAAUCCUGGAAAAAAGCUCAGUUUUAUGGAAGCGGCAAGACAACGCGCUACGAACGGAGAAAGAUUAAGCGCCCAAUCUUCAAUAUUUCAAUUAGAUGAAGCUGUGACAAACCUCCGAGAGCAAGAGCAAGCUCAACAAGCUGCACGAGAAGCCGCAGAGGAAGAAGCUCGUAAUGCUAUCACACAAAAGGCAAUGGAGCGCCAUAUGGUGCUAGGACCAAUUCCAGAGAAUAUGCAGAGUUCCUUCCAGGUUCCCGCAUUCGAAGACGAAUUCGACGUCGAAGACCAUGAAGACGAGAAGCAACCAGUCGAGACUCCAACUUCGAACAACUGGGGUCUUCGCAGUUUCCUUGGGUCUGUGAGGCGACGACUUGUCCCUUUUGUGCGACAAGCUCCGGACCAAGCUGUUCCCUUCGCUGCAGGUGGUGGUGCGACAAUAGUACGUGUUGAUGGCGCAGCGGUCCCAAGUACCGAAUCCCACAGCACUCAGAAUGCCGAUGUGGAUAUGACAUACAGCCUAUUUCCCCCGAUCCCAUCACCCCUUGGAAUUGCACCCUCGUCUGAAGAAAAGGCGAAGGCUGGCGAACAAGAAGAUAAAGGCGGAAAAACUACUGCUACCGUAGAAGAGAACUCGCAAGUACCAGGAACGGAGCAGACUGAUCAAAACAAAACAAAUGGAGAGCCUCAAAAUGGGGAACCUCAAAAUGCUGAUACCCAGGCAGAGCCAGAGACCGGAAGCCACAAACGCAAACGCGCACCUUCUCCAGACGUGAUUCCGAAUCCUGCUGGCUGCAGCUACGGCAUGGAUUUAGAUUAUUUCACCUACUCCGACGAUGAGAUUGAAGAGGCCGAGGAAUACUCAAGACGCGAACUUGAACGUGAAGCCGCCGUCGCCGCAAAUUCUACUGUUUCAGCUCCCACUGCUCGGCCUCCAGAGAAGAGAGCCCGACUCCUCCCACCAGAACCAGAAUCAUUGAACGUCCAACUACCGUCCACAAACACGACUACACAAACACACUGGCAAGCUCCUGUGCCUCCUGGUUGGAACCGUCCAACUACCACAGUCUAUAGUGGACAAAUGUUUCAGGGUAUGACACAUGCAGCACCCUCAUUCCAUUUGAACCCAUAUCAUCCAACCCCGGAUUUGCGAACCCAGCCCCCACCCUUGGAGAAUCCCUUCAUGCAACCCAUGCAACCCGUCUAUCCCAUGCAGCCUAUGCACCCAAUGGAACCCAUGCCACCCUCUCCUAAAACUUUCCCACAAUCUGGUUCAAUCUCAGAUCUACGCAAAGCGGCAGUUGAAAGACGUCUUUGGAACAAUCUCGUUAACAAUGGUUUAGGAACCCAUACGAACCGCUUCCCACAACCUCAAGUGUCGCAACCUGCUCAGCAACCCGUUGCUCACCCAUCCCCUGUGCGCACACCUGCACAGCAAUCUAUCUUGCAACCACGCGUUGAACCACCUGCACAACAAAUAGUCCAACAACCUCGUCAGCAACCAUCCGUUCAGAAACCCGCGGAGCAUCCAACACAGCAAGUCUUCCAACAGACUGCGACGGGCGCAUCAAGCAAUGGCGUGGCUACAAAUGAGCCUCGUGAUCGCUCUCUUUACGCUGCCACCAAACAGAGUGUCAACGACGAAACAAUCCAUUUACCACCAAUCAAACCCAUUUCAGCGACUGCUAGAGGCCAGCCGGUGAUAGAAAGAAGCAGGCCUAAAACCCCUAGUCGUCUUCGCAACCACAUUCCACUUUCAUCCAGCCCCGCUUCACAGGCAAGCCCGGCUCAAACUUUGACUGCAAUGCAUCGACAGGAUCAGGAUCAGGAGGAUCUUAUACAAUUCUUCGGCGACGAUGAGCAUGGACAGCAAGCUUUCGAGCUCUACCAAAGUUGUCCCAGUGGUGAUUUAAGCAAGGUGCAGUGGCCUAGCUUCGACCCGCUUCCAUCCAACAACAUCCAAGAAACUACACUAUCGACUUCCGUGAGCGCAGGGCAGCAGAGAGCUAGCCACCAUUUGUUCAAAAAAUCUUUUGCACAAUUUCAGAAUGAGCUCGACCAGGGCUUAAUUGACACGGAUGAGAUACUCAGUGACUUGUGA